AUGUUCAACAAACUGUCUUCUUUGUUUAAAUAUAAUAUUUCCAAUUCGUAUUUUUGCCUUAAAAAACCUAAUUUAUAUGAAAAUCGCAUACAAACUCUGUUUAAUUUUAAUUUUGGGAGGAAUAUUCACUCCUUAACUUUUUUUAAUACACACAUCCCAAGUUUUUAUAAAAUCAAAUCCUUCCAUACACAUUUGUUCAAUGAUCGUAGAAAUAUAGCUACUCAUAAACCCAGGAGGCAGAUAGGCCACAAAUUUGAGUUCAUAAUUGGCAAGCACAAAAGGGCCAAGGUGAAUCCACCGAGGGUCCCUAUUCAUCCCACAAAAGACGUCGACAAGGACAUGAACCUGUUUGAAACGUACAGAGACCUGAAACUGAGGUGGAAAAGGACCACGCGCUCUAGAAAGAAUAAGGUGAAAAUAGCGCGGAAGUGGCGACAGCCUUACUACUUUAAUCCAACUGGUCAGCCUACCUGUAUGUUUGUUCUUCAUGAGAAUUUACCGAGGACCAGAAAUGAUAAAGUGUUUUACAAGGAGGAUGAAAAGGAAUAUGUGCCCAUGAAAAUUGAACUUGACGAGUCCCAUAACUUUGAUGUGUAUCCCCCUGCGUCAGUCGUCGAGGACGUGAGGAACAUGAAGGUUGAAACCUUUUGCAUUUUCAAAUCUAGUCCCAUACACCAGCACAAGGUAUUUGAUUUCCUUUACUCAUACUCAGGUUACCAAGGGGGACAUUGUUCAGAUAGAGAGGCUGAAAAGGAGGAACGCUGGUACUUUAGUAGCUAUCUCACCGAAAACAGGGGACAAAGUGACUUUUGGAACAGUGUUGCUGGUCGGAUCGAAGCACUGGACGAUAAUAGGGAAACCCACGUAUCUUCACUCCACUUACAAGUCAUUUCAGGGUGCCUUACGCCAAGGUGGAGGCUACAGUUGAGCAACAGGUACUUUUGUCAGCACCUUCCUUACACACCUUUUCAAGACACUCUUCAAGUACAGGAAAUCGAGAAGAAUAUCCAGAUUUUUAAGGUUUGUAUCCCACUUUCUAAGCUAUUCAGGGUCCGACACUGGGUGACCGUUCUGAGGAUCGACAACAUAGUCGUGGACCCAUCAAUGGAGAUCAACACUGAACACAAAGCAUCGCGCCUUCUUGACCUCUGGUCUAAUAGGUGGCUCUACACUGAGGAGUUGGAAGGACUGAAUAACACUCGUGAUAUUUCUCAGGGUACUCCAUAUUACACCAGAUACCUAUUUCCAUCUUAUCUAAUUGCUCUUUAA